GCGACUGUGAACACCUCACGAACCGAGUUUCACACAUCAUCCUACCAUGGGAAAGUGUAUAUACAGCAUCGCAGCGAUAGUUUGCCUCGUCGCCAUGACGACGGCCCUUCCCCCUCUCCCCACUCCCGCCUGCUAUUCCAAGCAACUUUCGUCUGACCAAAGCUAUGACCUCAGCUUUGUCUGCAAUGACGGAAGACAAUACCCCGAACAGGAGAUCGAGGAGGCUCUGUACUACGCCGACGAUCACUGGCGUAUCUACCUCAACCUGACAUCCACCUGCUUCCAGGACCAGGACACCUACUUCUUGAACAAACACUCUGAGCCCAACUACUACAAGUUGAAGAGCGUGUGCAACACCACUCGUACCAUGGUGCACACCAUCUAUGCCAUGGACGGUCAAGUCUGCCACGUUGUCCGCCCUAUGUCCCAGAAAGUCUUCUACGCCACAUGCGGAGGAGAAUGUAACCUUGGUUACGACGGCGUGACCGGCUAUCACUGCAUUCAACGCGGCAUCACCUACCGCAACUUCCUCGGUUACUGCCGUCUCCCCGACUCCGCAACCUUCCCAGAAUCUUCCCCCAUCUAUGCUCUUGACCCCUCCGUCGACAACUUCUACGACCCCCGUGUUGCCCCACCCACCCACCGCAUGCAGCACACCCCCCUCAAGAGCGGGGGCCACUACAAACCCAAGGGCUACUUCACGGAGUUGAGCGUUACCCUCCCAAGCUACUGCGGCUGCAGGGGAUAUUUCUGCCCCCACGACAGGAUUCUUUAGAUAAUGACUACGUUCUUUAAGGCACUGGUACGAUUUGAACCUGGACUAGUGGACCAAUGAACCAAAGUAAAACCAAUUUUUUAUACAAGCAUUUCAUUUUUGAUAAAUGAAAACUAUUUUUUAAGAACCAAAAUACUUUACGAUUUUUUAACAAUCUUUUCAACGAAUUGGAAAUUGCAAGUGUUAUUUUGUACACAGGUCACUUUUUUCAAAUUAUGCUUCUGUUAAACUUAUAAUUUUUUUGCACUUUUAUACCACAAUGUGAUCUCGGUCUUAAGUUGGCAAAUAUGUUAAUUGUAAAUAUUUUGCGAAUUCCAUGUAAAUACAUCCAACAGGAUGUUGUGAAUAUGUAUUUAUAUGUUCCAUCUUUGUACAGUAUAAACUGACAUCAUCAUUACUUGUGCGCGCAUGUAUUUUAUGUACAGAUAAUAAUAUGUGAAAAUAAAAGCAACAUGAAAAUA